CUGCCGCUGACAGCAGAAGCCCGUAAGGAUUGUUCUGUGGACAGGCUGCGUUACGAUUGCAUUAUCGCGUUGUCUUGAUUUAAUAAGUUCAUUUACUAAGAACAAACUGUACCCUAAAACAUCAGAGAGCGCUAUAUUGUGUUAAAAUGUAUGAAACUGAAGAUGAUCAGUAUGAAGAUGAAGAUGUUGAAGAAAUAUCCUCUGAGCUAUGGCAAGAAGCUUGUUGGAUUGUCAUCAAUGCUUAUUUUGAUGAGAAAGGCUUAGUGCGGCAGCAGUUAGAUAGUUUUGAUGAAUUCAUCCAAAUGUCUGUUCAACGUAUUGUUGAGGAUUCACCACCCAUAGAAUUACAAGCAGAAGCUCAACAUUCUUCUGGAGAAAUUGAGAACCCACCAAAAUAUCAUCUGAAAUUUGAUCAGAUCUAUCUCUCGAAACCCACGCACUGGGAAAAGGAUGGUGCUCCAUCACCAAUGAUGCCUAAUGAAGCACGUCUCAGAAAUCUGACUUAUUCUGCACCCUUGUAUGUUGACAUUACUAAGACUAUUGUUAAAGAAAAUGAAGAUCCAAUCGAAACUCAACAUCAGAAAACAUUUAUUGGUAAAAUACCAAUUAUGUUGAGAUCUACAUAUUGCUUACUUAGCAAUCUCACUGACAGAGACUUGACAGAGUUGAAUGAAUGCCCAUUAGAUCCUGGUGGCUAUUUUAUCAUCAAUGGUUCUGAAAAAGUACUUAUUGCACAAGAAAAAAUGGCAACAAAUACAGUGUAUGUAUUUAGUAUGAAGGAUGGAAAGUAUGCCUAUAAAACUGAGAUUCGAUCAUGUCUGGAACAUAGUUCAAGACCUACUUCCACAUUGUGGGUGAACAUGAUGGCCCGUGGUGGCCAGAGUAUCAAGAAAUCUGCAAUUGGACAAAGAAUUGUUGCAAUUGUGCCAUACAUUAAACAGGAAAUUCCUAUAAUGAUUGUAUUUAGAGCUCUUGGAUUUGUAGCAGACAGAGAUAUAUUGGAGCACAUAAUUUAUGAUUUUGAUGAUCCUGAAAUGAUGGAAAUGGUAAAGCCAUCUCUAGAUGAAGCGUUCGUAAUCCAGGAGCAAAAUGUUGCUCUGAAUUUCAUUGGAGCUAGAGGUGCUAGACCUGGAGUCACGAAAGAAAGGCGUAUCAAGUAUGCAAGAGAAAUAUUACAAAAAGAAAUGUUGCCUCAUGUUGGUGUCUCCGAUUUCUGUGAAACAAAAAAAGCCUACUUCUUGGGCUAUAUGGUACAUAGGUUACUGCUAGCAGCAUUGGGUCGUCGUGAAUUAGAUGACAGAGAUCAUUAUGGCAACAAAAGAUUGGACUUAGCUGGACCUCUGCUAGCUUUUCUAUUCAGAGGUCUGUUUAAAAAUUUACUUAAAGAGGUGAGAAUGUAUGCACAGAAAUUUAUUGACAAAGGUAAAGAUUUCAAUCUGGAGCUGGCCAUAAAAACCAAAAUUAUUACUGAUGGAUUAAGAUAUUCUUUGGCUACUGGUAAUUGGGGUGAUCAGAAAAAGGCUCACCAGGCUAGAGCUGGUGUUUCCCAAGUAUUAAAUCGUUUAACAUUUGCAUCAACCCUUUCUCAUUUGCGUCGUGUGAACUCGCCAAUUGGUCGAGAUGGUAAGCUUGCCAAACCACGUCAGCUUCAUAACACGCUCUGGGGAAUGAUAUGCCCCGCUGAAACUCCUGAAGGUGCUGCUGUAGGUCUGGUGAAGAAUUUAGCUUUAAUGGCUUAUAUAUCUGUGGGAAGUCAACCAUCACCAAUUCUAGAGUUUUUGGAAGAAUGGUCUAUGGAAAAUUUAGAAGAGAUAGCACCAUCUGCUAUUGCUGAUGCUACUAAAAUAUUUGUAAAUGGUUGUUGGGUAGGUAUUCACAGAGACCCAGAGCAAUUAAUGGCGACAUUGAGAAAACUUCGUCGUCAGAUGGAUAUUAUUGUAUCAGAGGUCAGCAUGAUUCGUGAUAUACGUGACCGGGAAAUUAGAAUAUAUACUGAUGCGGGGAGAAUUUGCCGUCCUCUUCUUAUUGUUGAAAAUGGAGCAUUAUUGCUGAAGAAAAAACAUAUUGACCAACUUAAGGAAAGGGAUUAUAAUAACUAUGGAUGGCAAAACUUAGUGGCCAGUGGGGUAGUAGAGUAUAUUGAUACAUUAGAAGAAGAAACUGUUAUGAUUGCUAUGAGUCCUGAUGAUCUUGCACAAGUUAAAGAGUAUGCUUAUUGUACAACAUACACACACUGUGAAAUUCAUCCAGCUAUGAUACUGGGAGUUUGUGCAUCUAUUAUUCCAUUCCCUGAUCAUAAUCAGAGUCCCAGGAACACCUACCAAAGUGCUAUGGGUAAACAAGCCAUGGGUGUUUAUAUCACCAAUUUCCAUGUCAGAAUGGACACCUUAGCUCAUGUGUUGUACUAUCCACAUAAACCAUUAGUUACUACCAGAUCUAUGGAAUAUCUUCGGUUCAGAGAAUUGCCAGCUGGCAUUAAUUCAAUUGUUGCAAUUUUAUGUUACACUGGGUACAAUCAAGAAGAUAGUGUUAUUUUAAAUGCAUCUGCAGUAGAAAGGGGUUUCUUUAGAUCUGUGUUUUACCGAUCAUACAAAGAUUCAGAAUCUAAAAGGAUUGGUGACCAGGAAGAACAAUUUGAAAAACCUACAAGGCAAACAUGUCAGGGUAUGAGAAAUGCCCUAUAUGAUAAGUUAGAUGAUGAUGGUAUUAUAGCACCCGGUAUAAGAGUAUCAGGGGAUGAUGUUGUGAUUGGUAAAACAAUAACAUUGCCAGAAAAUGAUGAUGAACUAGAAGGCACAACUAAACGUUAUUCAAAGAGAGACGCUUCAACAUUCUUGCGGAACAGUGAAACAGGAAUUGUUGAUCAGGUUAUGCUCACUUUAAAUAGUGAAGGCUAUAAAUUUUGUAAAAUUCGUGUACGUUCAGUUCGUAUUCCCCAAAUUGGUGACAAGUUUGCGUCUCGCCAUGGUCAGAAAGGUACUUGCGGUAUACAGUACAGGCAAGAAGACAUGCCUUUUACUUGCGAGGGACUAACUCCUGACAUCAUUAUUAAUCCUCACGCCAUUCCGUCGCGUAUGACGAUUGGUCACUUGAUUGAAUGUAUCCAAGGGAAAGUUUCCUCUAAUAAAGGUGAAAUUGGUGAUGCCACACCGUUCAAUGAUGCUGUAAAUGUGCAAAAAAUAUCUUCAUUGUUACAAGAAUAUGGUUACCAUUUAAGAGGAAAUGAGGUAAUGUAUAAUGGUCAUACAGGUAGAAAGAUCAAUGCGCAAGUAUUUUUAGGCCCUACUUAUUACCAACGUCUGAAACACAUGGUCGACGAUAAAAUCCAUUCAAGAGCAAGAGGUCCCGUUCAGAUUUUAGUUCGACAGCCUAUGGAAGGUAGGGCGAGAGAUGGUGGUCUACGGUUUGGAGAAAUGGAACGAGACUGUCAAAUCGCGCACGGUGCAGCACAAUUUCUCCGUGAACGUCUCUUUGAAGUCUCAGAUCCCUAUCGUAUUCAUGUGUGUAAUUUCUGUGGUCUCAUCGCUAUUGCUAAUUUAAGAAACAACACUUUCGAAUGCAAAGGCUGCAAGAAUAAAACUCAGAUUUCACAAGUGAGACUGCCUUAUGCUGCGAAAUUAUUAUUCCAGGAACUAAUGUCUAUGAAUAUUGCACCACGGCUAAUGGUUAUCAGCUAAAUCAAUGAGCCAUUACUUUAAAACAUACUAUUGUUUUAAAAUAUAAAUGUUAACUAUAAAGAUCUUAAAAUAUAAAAUAUGUACUUUUGACAGGAUUACAUCUACAUACAUACUCAGAUGUUUUCAUUAAAUUAAGUUUUUCUGAAAGUUUUUUGUAAUUCGAUUAUAAAGGUUUAAUAAAAUUCAUCAAUUAAA